CCUAACACACCAACACGGACAUCGCUCUGAAUAAAGACUCCAAAAACAUGUCGAAGAUACCAACACGCGUCAAGUGCGGUGCAUUUGUUCGACUCUUGGCUAGCGGGAUUCAACCCUGUAUGUUUCGACAACAUCAAAGUAUUCGCACUAAUCUCAGGCGGCUGCUUUCCAACACACAGCCAGGAGAGAAUGUUCGACCACUGGAGGGUGUUAAAGUCCUAGACCUCACAAGGGUCCUGGCUGGCCCAUUUGCCACAAUGAUACUGGGAGACCUGGGUGCUGAGAUUAUCAAAGUCGAGAGACCAGGUGCUGGGGAUGACACCAGAUCAUGGGGACCUCCGUUUGUUGGUGAUGAGAGUGCUUAUUUUCUCAGUGUGAACAGAAACAAAAAGAGUGUUGCUGUAAAUCUCAAAGACCCAAGAGGAGCCAAGAUAAUCUUAGAGCUUGCAGGGAUGUGUGAUGUCCUUGUGGAAAACUAUCUACCUGGAAAGCUUGAUCAGAUGGGCCUUGGCUACGACGAUGUACACAAAGCAGCCCCGAGACUGGUGUAUUGCUCUAUUUCAGGCUAUGGACAAACUGGGCCGCUGUCCCAGCGACCAGGGUAUGACUCAAUCGCCUCUGCUGUCUCUGGCAUGAUGCACAUCACCGGCCCUGAGGAUGGGGACCCAGUUAGGCCGGGCGUCGCAAUGACUGACCUGGCCACAGGACUCUACGCCCACGGAGCCAUCAUGGCCGCCCUGCUGCAGUGUCACAGGACAGGAAGGGGUGUUCACAUUGACUGCAACCUGCUUUCCACCCAGGUGGCUUGUCUCACACACAUUGCUGCAAAUUACCUCAAUGCUGGGAAGGAAGCCAGGAGAUGGGGAACAGCCCAUGAGAGCAUCGUUCCAUAUCAGGGUUUCAGAACCAAAGAUGGAUACCUGGUUGUGGCUGCGGGCAACGACAAGCAGUUUAUCAAAGUGUGCAAAAUGCUAGGCCUGAAUCAUCUGUCUGACGAGCCCAAGUACAAAAGCAACACACUCAGAGUGCAGCAUCGCCAAGAGCUGCUUCACAUCCUCUCCCAGAGGUUCUUGGAAGAGUUGACAGGCGAGUGGCUGAGGAGGUUUGAGGGGACAGGCGUGCCCUGCGGCCCCAUCAACAACAUCCAGCAGGUGUUCUCCGAACCACAGGUUGCAAACAAUGGCCUUAUACUGGAGAUGAACCACCCAACAGCUGGAAAGAUUGCAGUACCAGGGCCAGCGGUCCGAUUCAGCACCUUUGAGAGCAGGGAGCCGAUGCCCCCUCCCGUGAUUGGUCAACACACUGUGCAAGUUCUCAGAGACAGCCUGUCCUAUAAUGAUGAUGUCAUCAAUCAGCUGCUGGCAUCAGGGACAGUUGCCCAGAAUGAAGUGCAUUGAGAACUGUGCUCUAUCUCAAUAACUACAUAAGCACUACAUAAAGGUGGAGAGAGCGGAAGCAAAGAAUCUAGAAAAUAAUAAUUGAGAAAGAGCACGGGUGAAAUUGGUAUAUGAGCCAUUUGCACACCCUGGAUGGAGCACAACUGUUAACCAAUGAAAACCUUCAUGUUCCACCUAGGGUUGCAAAAUGCUGGUAACUUUCCCAAAAUUCCUAGGUUUUCCAGAUAUCUCAGGGAUUUCCACCUAAGCCCUGUUUGGACCACUCUGCAGGAUUUUUUUGUGUUACUUCCUUGAUACAAAGGUUUUGCUUUUGUAAACCAUGAAUAACCAUCAGCGAGCAAAAUUAAACCACCAACGUAGCAAUAAUGACAUAAUGAUGUAUGUACACACCCUUUCCUUAGCCAACUAGCAUUUUAUUUGCAUCUCUGCUAGGUCUCAACGGCAUCACUUUGUGAUUCACACAUGAUUGAUCAAUAUGACACACUCUACCGUAGGUCUGACAUUUCACUCAGGCCAGUGAAAUAAGGAAAACAUUUCAGCCUUUGGAAGGAUAUCGCUUAAUGCUAUCUUGGUGGUCAGUCAUCACUCAUUACUGCACUUAAAUCCUUUAUAUCAUAUCCAGAGUUGAUCCAUGUUCAGCCAAGUGCACGUUUGUGCUGGAGAUGCAUACAACAUUUCUUUUAAGGAACGUAAUAAAAUAUUUUUGUCAUGAAAUGUGCUUUACACAUGUAAGAAAUUAUUAUCAACCAGUGAGAUCCAACUAGGUGAUUUGUAAUUGUUAACCUGACAUUCAUUAGCAACAAAUAAAAUGGUUCUGAACAUUG